AUGCAAAGCAAACAUUGUCAUUUGGCUAAUCUUUUUCCGUUUGAUCGCACCGAAAUAUUCGAAAAGAUGGUUCAAUGCUGCAAAUGGAUCGUCCAUCUGUUGAUCGCCUUCAAUUUGCUAAUUUGCUUAGAAGAAGCUAAUGCAACCGAAAUUCGAGAAAGCGAAAUUUACCGACCACGUUUUAAGCGACAAUUUUUUGGUUUCUCGAUAGGUCCAUUCGGUUGGUUUCAGGGAGGAGGAAGAUAUGGAAGAAAAUAUGGAUUUAAUCGUUUCCUAAGUCCACGUCCUUUGGUUGCCAGACGAUUUUGGCGUAGACGUUUCGGCAGAAUUGGUGACAGAUGGUGGUGGUAA